GUGACGCGUCUCUAUCUCAAUCGCCUCAAACGAUCUCGCCUUAACUGGAUGCCUCAAAAGUUUAAUCCUAGAACCGCAAGACAAUAACGAGAUUGUGUCUGUUGCAUGUCACGAAGUCAUCCUUCCGACUGCUUAUGAUGGAGAACCCUUCCCGCACAACUAUGAUGGCCAACUCAACAGCCCAGUCUCACCCCGGCAUCGACACGUUGGGCACCAGUCUACACAGCACCGACCAUGCCGCCCUCACCGGCGUCAACGUGCUCAUUGGAAUACUGGGCAUUUUAGGCAACAGCACCGUCAUCCUGGUCUAUUUGGUCAACCCUAAAAUGACCCGCUCGCUGACCAGUGUCUUUAUCUUUCACCAGUCCUUCAUUGACCUGGUAAGUUCCUUCAUCUUCUUGGCCAUUCGGCUGGACCGGUGGCGCCCUCUGUUGAGCAGCUCUGCCGCCGGUAUCUUUUGCAAGCUGUGGUACUCGGAGUAUCUCCUGUGGGUGCUUGUCAUGACCUCAACCCUCAAUCUUCUCCUGGUGUCCAUGGAGAGGUACGUCUGCAUCGCCCACGCCGUGUUCCACAGGAAUCACUUCACUCGCAAGAAGGCUAAGUUCUCCAUGUUGAUCGCAUGGCUGUUCAGCCUCGCCUAUCAAGCCUACUGGGCCGUAGUCUCCAUCGCAGUCGAUGGGAAGUGCGAGCCUCGAUGGAUCAGCGGAGCCAUGCAGUGGUUCUUCGGGAUCUUAACCUUCUGCGUGGAGUACCUGAUACCCCUAGUCUUAAUGACUUUUGCGUACACUAGCAUUAUCUCUAGACUCAACCAGCGACGCCGCGUAUCGGCACUGUACGAAGCCAGUGCUUACAACUUAAACACAGAAGGAAAAUCUGAAACCAGCUUGAGUGACUCAAACUCGACGGGGAGAACGCAGCCUGCUUCCCCACGCCCGAUCACCUCGAGCUCGACUACCGCUCGCCAAGAUAUGUACUCGGAAGCCAAGAGAAAUGUUGCCAAGACCCUGUGCAUAGUCUUCGCAACUUACGUCAUCUGCUGGACGCCUACGGAGCUCGAGUACCUGGUCUACAACCUGGGAGGGUCUUUAGACUUCGACGGGACUUUCCACCGAGUCACGGUAGUCCUGGUCUUGUGCAACAUGUGCGUCAAUCCCAUCAUCUACGCGCUCAAAUACCGAGAAUUUCAGAAGAGCUUGAAGCGACUGUUGGCAACGUGUAGCGACAGGGUCACGCGAAGGCAUCUGACAAGUCAGGCAGGUUCAGACACGGAACAAUUUAAGUUGAAUAAGCUCAGUAGGUCCCCCCUCCCGCCCAUCAAACGGGCUCACAACCAAGCGGACAAUUUGGCAAUGUCAGAUGAGUUUCAAAAUGUUAUUAUAAAUGUCGAUAAAAGCUAAUAAUGUUGUAAAGACAUUCAUAGAUCAACAUUGACUCAGGCACUAUACCACGGGCACAUUUCAUGGUACCGCUAAGCACCAAGAGUGAUCAGAUGAAAAUCGCACAAUUCCUCUAGAUUAAAUACAAAUCUCCUGGAAUCACAAGAAUUACUUUAAAAACACUUAAACAUGUACUAACAUGCAGAUGUUAUCAGAUUUCCUAAUUACAACAAGCCGUGGCUUACACGGAGGGUCACAUUAUAUAGCACAUUGAAGUUAAGGCGCGUGACUAGCCUGGCUGCCAUAUGAUACUAUACUGUGUCGUCACGGCAAGGUUUGUUUGAAACAACGAAGCUUGUUCAAAACAAAUCUGGUAUAUUUUUCUGUUAGGAUACUAACAGAAUCCUGCUAGCGAUCUGUUAGAUUCUUUAUUUUGCAAGAUUUUCUGCUUAGCAGAAACUGCUUAGAAGAACUUUAGCAGAAAUUCUGCUAAAAUGGUCACCUUGAUUAAGAUAUUUGCAAGGGACAGAUUGCAGAUUGCAAAUGCAGGUUACCAUUCCAAAAGUCGUGCAAUUGAUAUUGCAUGAGACUGGCUCUCAGCUGACUUUUCUAAGCAACAACAUUUCUAACCUGUACUUUUUGUUUUGUAGUUCCAUGGAUUUGGGACCAGGUUUUAGGGGAAAAGUAUACUUCAGGAAGUAUUAUGUACAGUGGCCUUUAUGUGACACCAAAGAUUUUAGUUGUACAUAACAUUUCAAAAAUGGCAUCGUAUCUGAAUCGGUAUAUAUUUUGAGACAAAUUGGGAGUGUUACCCACUGCUGUAAAGAGAUUGCCAUACUUCGAACUGUUCAACAAGAUAUCUGUUUAUUUGGUGGUUUAUAAACAGCAUGUUCAUUUAAAUGGCGAUCGCAAGUUGAUCUCCAAACACCUGCAAGAAAACUUGAAAAGUAUGGAUUGUGCUUUUUUUUAUCAAUCUUUAUUAAUCUUUUAACUGAAAGUGUGCAAGACGGAAUGAUUUUACUUUGUGCUCGCUUCACCAUUUCUGUCUUUUCAGUCAGUUACCUGACAAAAUAUAUAUGUUUUUAGAAAAAUCAGUUGGUUACCUUUCUUAACACUAUUAAUAACUAUCAAACAAACACCGUAGCGUAAUGUAUGUGCUUUCAGAAAACACGACCGGUCGCUUUGAACAAAAAAAAUCUGAUCAAUGAUUGAAAUUGACUUUUUCCAUUAACUCUGGCUUUCUUCAGCCGGAUACUUUCAAUGGCCCCUGACAAUGAGUAAUCUCCUCUUCACAGAACCUCGGCUAUAUACGUAUUGUAACAAUCAUCCAGAUCAUUGUUUUGUUCCCAUUGUCCCUAGGUCGUCCCAACGGUCCUUGAUAAUGGACAUCUUUAUCAUGCCAUCUGGCGCAGGAUUUUAUCCAUAACAUCCACUGAACCUCCAUUCACUCUCCCUUAUCGCUGACAGCUGUACGUACCUUAUUUCUCGUGAUGGAAUAUCGGUGUUAA